AUGGCGUUGCGGGCCCGCGCGCUGUACGACUUCAGGUCGGAGAACCCGGGGGAGAUCUCGCUACGGGAGCACGAGGUGUUGAGCCUCUGCAGCGAGCAGGACAUCGAGGGCUGGCUGGAGGGCGUCAACAGCCGCGGCGACCGCGGCCUCUUCCCGGCCUCCUACGUGCAGGUGAUCCGAGCCCCGGCCGCCGAGCCGCCGCCGCCCGCCCGCUACGCCAACCUGCCCGCCGGCGGCUUCGAGCCGCUGUCGCCCCCCGCCGCCUUCAAGCCGGCGACACAACAGGCCCCGCCGGCGGCGGCGCCCGAGCCCUUAUCGUUGCCCCCCGCCGCCGGGUACCCCUUCCCGCUGCUGCCCUAUGGCGGCUCCUACCAGCCCAGCCAGGGCAGCGAUGACGACUGGGAUGAUGACUGGGACGAAAGCUCCACAGUGGCCGAUGAGCUGGGCACCCUAGGCAGUUCCUACCCUGACUACGAGGCGGCGGGUGGUGGGGCCUCUGACCUCUAUUGCCUGUCCACACGGUCUGGGCUGUCUCUGAGCUCCCACGGUGGCCACCUGACAGGCCACCUGCACCCACCUGGCAGCAGCACCAAAAGCUCUGCCACAGUGAGCCGUAACCUCAACCGCUUCUCCACCUUUGUGAAGUCCGGCGGGGAGGCCUUCGUGCUGGGUGAGGCAUCAGGCUUAGUGAAGAACAGGGACAAGCUGUGUGUGGUGCUGGGCCCAUGGGGCCCGAAGUGGCAGGAGAACCCCUACCCCUUCCAGUGUUCCAUCGAGGACCCCACCAAGCAGACCAAGUUCAAGGGCAUGAAGAGCUACAUUGCCUACAAGCUGGUGCCCAGCCACACUGGGCAGCAGGUGCACCGCCGCUACAAGCACUUUGACUGGCUCUAUGGGCGCCUGGCUGAGAAGUUCCCUGUCAUCUCUGUGCCCCACUUGCCGGAGAAGCAGGCUACUGGCCGCUUUGAGGAGGACUUCAUCUCCAAGCGUCGCAAAGGCCUGGCCUGGUGGAUGGAACACAUGUGCAGCCACCCUGUGCUGGCUCAGUGCGAUGCCUUCCAGCACUUCCUCACCUGUCCCAGCACUGAUGAGAAGGCCUGGAAACAAGGCAAACGCAAGGCUGAGAAGGAUGAGAUGGUAGGUGCCAACUUUUUUCUGACCAUCAGUGUACCCACUGGCCCUGGGGCUGGCCUGGACUUGCAGGAGGUAGAAAGCCAGGUGGAUGGCUUCAAAGUCUUUACAAAGAAGAUGGAUGAGAGCACCCUGCAGCUUAAUCACACGGCAAAUGAGUUUGCCCGCAAACAAGUCACUGGUUUCAAGAAGGAAUACCAGAAGGUGGGACACUCUUUUAAGUGCCUCAGUCAAGCAUUUGAGCUGGACCAGCAGGCCUUUUCAGCUGGCCUCAACCAAGCCAUAGCCUUCACUGCAGAAGCCUAUGAUGCCAUCGGGGACCUCUUUGCAGAUCAGCCCCGGCAGGACCUAGAUGCUGUGAUGGAUUUGUUAGUGCUGUAUCAGGGGCAUUUGGCCAACUUUCCAGACGUCAUCCAUGUCCAGAAAGGAGCACUUACCAAAGUGAAGGAGAGUAAGCGGCAUGUGGAAGAAGGGAAGAUGGAGCUCCAAAAAGCUGAGGGCAUUCAGGAACGCUGUAAUAUUAUUUCUUUUGCAACCCUAGCAGAAAUUAAUCACUUUCACAAAAUUCGUGUGAGGGACUUCAAAUCACAGAUGCAGUAUUUCUUGCAACAGCAAAUACUCUUUUUUCAAAAAGUGACACAAAAGCUAGAAGAAGCUCUUCACAAGUAUGACAAUGUUUAA